UCAGUUGCUCAAGCAUCCUAUAGCAGGAGGGCAGAGCUGCUGGGAAUCUCUUGUACACCCACAUCUACACACACACACACACACACACACACACACACACACACACACAGACCCCCAAAGCCCCUUUCUCAACUCACUCCUUGCCCACUUUCCCAUAACAAAAGGCUGUGAUGCCUCCCCCAUCUCAGGCUUCCAAUUCUGUUCUGCUGCUGCCGCUGCCUGCCGCUUGGGGGGAGAGAGUGGGGUGACUCAGCCAGGCCAGGAUGACUCAUACUGACAGUAUUUUUAGCAGCGGCCAGGAGCUCUCUAGCGUGCCAGCCGCCCCCUCCUCCUGCCUGCUAUUUCAGAACCGUCACUGGUGAUAUAAAUAGCUCUUCUCCCACGGCCUGAAGCUGCUGCCAGGCUAUUUUUGGUUCUGCACAGUUAAAAAUAGUUUCGUGGAGGUGGGAGGCAAGAAGAGUGGGAGCUGGCCUGGGGAGAGGAGACAUUGGGGGCACACAGAGCUUCUCAACUUGAAUCAGAGUAGUCAAACUAGGAUGAUCCCUCCUCUACCCCCUCCCAUGUCCCUUUCUAGACCCUUCUCCCCUUCCGAAGUUCCUUAUCCCUAGUCCAUUCCUGUGGAAAAAGCCAAGGAGUCUUCCCUUAAGCCUAAUUCUCUUCCCUAGCUCAACUAUUUCCUACAGAAGUUCUGACCCCCACCCCCGUAAAUAGCCCAUAUAUAUUCUCAGGGAAGAGGAUGGCAGCUGCAUCCUGUCACCCUUGUCCAUCACGAGGCCCACCUCUGCUUUGAUGUAACAGGCAGGCCAUGGCCUAUCUGAUUGGCAAGGCAAUAUUCAGCACCACGGACAGUAGCCACCAUGCGGCGUUUUCCCAGGGCUGCUCCAACUGCUUGGGAGACCAGCAGGACCCAGCAGAGACAACUUAUUAUGGAGGAGAUACCAAGAAUGUCCGCUAGCCGAGGCUUAAAGCAUCUGUCUGUAAGGAAGACAGGCUAGGGAUGAGCCUCAGUGAUAGAAUGCUUGUCCAGCGUGCACAAAGCCCUGGUUCCAUCCUCAGCUGUAAGAAACAAACAAAUCCACUUGCCACGUGAUGAUUUAAGUAGAUGCUUUCUAUCUCUACCAAAAUGGAACAAAACACCAGGAAAGGGUCUCUACAACCAUGCACCUCUUCUCUCCCCCCCCAUCUCCCCACCCACCCACCUCUCACCUUUGGCAUCUCUAGGGAUUGAACUCAAGCCUUGAGCAUGCUAAAAGUGUGCUCUACUACUAAGUCAUAGUCCCAUUCCUGAAUGCACCCUCUCCCAACACCCCCUUCUCCUCACUCCACAUUGCUUCUCUUGCAAACACCCCUUUCCAGGAGGAAUGAGGGUUUUCUUGACCACAAACUUUUCUCUUUGGUGUCAAAGUUCAUUUUUACCUCUGUGACUUCUGUCCCUAUCCCCAGCUUUUUAAAUGUUCUUUUUUUUUCCAGCCCUAAAAGUGUUUUUACACAUUCCUACUCUAAAUGAAAUUUCAGGCAAAAAGUUUCAAUAGACCAUCGCUUUCUCCUUUUGUGAGGCUGAUAAAAAUAAAGGGCACCCAUUCCCUCUGUAGAGAGCAGUCAUAUAGUGACUAGAGAGAGGGGCGGGGUGACGCAAAGGCCACCCUAUGGAGGGAGGUAAGCCGGACAGAAAUAGCUAAUUAGACCAAAGGUGCAGUUUUCAGGGGUCUAGGGGUCCACAAAUUCCCAACAUUCAGGGGUUUAGGGGUCCACAAAUUCCCAACAUUCAGUAGAGGAAGAAAAAAAAAAGGAAAUGCGCACACACACACACACACACACACACACACACACACACACACUGGAGAGUGGAAAGGCAGAACGAGGAGCUUGGCGCUAAAAAUGGAGCAAGAAUUGGAGGGAGAUGGGAAGGGGAGCCUGGCAGAAUUAAAGGGUCUUAGGUAGGUGCAGCAGUCACGGAGACUCAGCAGACCCUGGCUUCUUAGCUGCCUCCCCCUCUUCCUCGCCGGAGCGGUGGGGGAGCUCUCGGGAGCAGUGCGGAGGCCGCUUGGCCCCGCCCGCCGCCGCCGCCGCCGCCGCCGCCGGAGGAUUCCUGUCCUAAUAUGGAGCUGGGAUUCCCCCAGCCCCGCCCCCGCCCCCAGCCCGCCCGAGAGACUGGGCUCGCAAGAGGGCGGGGGAACAGCUCUCUCCGGGGGCUGGCAAGCGGGAGAGGGUGCGGGGAGGCCCAAAUGUAGAUCCAGAUCCUCACCAGGCCCUGGGUCCUUGCCUCAGUUUCCCCUACAGGUGACUAAUAAGGUUAGUUAGUUAACAUAAGGUGUCCCUAUGCUGCCCUGGAUAUAUGAUCAAGGCCGAAUUCAUCUGGUCUCUUCCUCACAGGAAUACCAUUGCAUCCUAGAGAUUUAGACCAUCAGGCCAGGGCUUGGAGGGGAGGAAGGAAUUAUUUAUUUGAAAGUGGCUAAGGGAUUUUCAGAUUGAAUAGACCCCAGCAAGGACCUCCGGUUGUGACCUACCCCGUUCCCCAAACCUAAGGAAAGUUCCUCAUGUGACUUUGAUCUUUGCGCGGCAGAUAGAGGCAAAUUCGCAGAGGUCCCUUCCCCUUCCUGUCCUUUGCCUCCUUAGAAAAAAAUCAGUGUUGGUAUCCGCCGGUCCUAGACCUCUGGCAAACUCCCCGGUCGAGGGCUUCAGCCCACCCUAACCCGUGCACUGUCCCCCCUCUCGAUGGAAUGCAAUGGGAAACCUGGGUCCCUGCACUCCACGCCUGGCUCUGCACAGCUCUCGCCAGCCGGCCCCCUCCGCAGCCUCCUUCUCCCCCCUUCCCCCGCCCCCUCCCUCUCCUGUUCGACGUCACAAGAUGACGUAGGGAGCCAGGGAGGGAGGAGGAGCGCCCCCCCUCCCCAGCCAGUGGCUCCCGCUGCAGCUUGCUUUAGCCCAGCCUCCCGCCUCCCGCUCCCCCCUCCGUCUCUAAAACGAGCCCCCCACGCCUGCCAGGAGCUAUAUAAGGCGGAUCGAGGCAGGCGAGGGGGGCAGCGCUGCCGAGCGGAGCCCAGGAGUGGAGCGGGAGCGAACGAGAGCCUGAGCGAAAGACUGGGAAGCAAGCAAGAGGAAGCCUCCGGUGCAUCGGAACAGGAUCGCAGGUGCUCGGGAGCCGGAGCUGGAGCUCCACAGCCGGCAGUCAUGUACCGAUCCACCAAGGGCGCCUCCAAGGCGCGCCGCGACCAGAUCAACGCCGAGAUCCGGAACCUCAAGGAACUGCUGCCGUUGGCUGAAGCGGACAAGGUCCGGCUGUCCUACCUGCAUAUUAUGAGUCUUGCCUGCAUCUACACUCGCAAGGGUGUCUUCUUUGCUGGAGGCGCUCCUCUGGCUGGCCCCACGGGGCUUCUCUCAGCUCAAGAGCUUGAAGACAUCGUGGCAGCACUCCCUGGAUUUCUGCUUGUGUUCACAGCUGAGGGGAAGUUGCUGUACUUGUCUGAGAGUGUGAGCGAGCAUCUGGGCCACUCAAUGGUGGACCUGGUUGCCCAGGGUGACAGUAUCUACGAUAUCAUUGACCCUGCUGACCAUCUGACUGUUCGCCAGCAGCUCACCAUGCCCUCUGCUCUGGAGGCUGAUCGCCUUUUCCGUUGCCGAUUCAACACUUCCAAGUCCCUCCGGCGCCAGAGUGCAGGCAACAAACUGGUGCUUAUUCGAGGUCGAUUCCAUGCUCACCCACCUGGGGCCUACUGGGCAGGAAACCCCGUGUUCACAGCUUUCUGUGCCCCACUGGAGCCAAGACCCCGCCCUGGCCCUGGCCCUGGCCCUGGCCCUGGUCCUGCUUCACUCUUCCUGGCCAUGUUCCAGAGUCGGCAUGCUAAGGACCUAGCCCUCCUGGACAUCUCUGAAAGUGUUCUAAUCUACCUGGGCUUUGAGCGCAGCGAACUGCUCUGUAAAUCAUGGUAUGGACUGCUACACCCUGAGGACCUGGCCCACGCUUCUUCUCAACACUACCGCCUGUUGGCUGAAAGUGGAGAUAUUCAGGCAGAAAUGGUAGUGAGACUUCAAGCCAAGCAUGGAGGCUGGGCAUGGAUUUACUGCAUGCUGUACUCAGAAGGUCCAGAAGGCCCUAUUACUGCCAAUAACUAUCCUAUCAGUGACUCGGAAGCCUGGAGCCUCCGACAGCAGCUCAGCUCUGAAGACACCCGGGCAGCCUACGUCCUAGGAACACCAACCAUGCUGCCCUCAUUCCCCGAGAACGUCUUCUCCCGGGAGCAGUGUCCUAACCCAGUCUUUAUGCCAGCCCUGGGGCGUCCCAGAAGCACCACCUUCCCCAGGGCACCUGAACUAGGUGUGAUCUCAACAUCAGAAGAGCUUCCCCAACCCCCCAAAGAGCUGGACUUCAGUUACCUGCCAUUCCCUUCUAGGCCUGAGCCUUCUCUCCAAGCAGACCUGAGCAAGGAUUUGGUGUGUACUCCACCUUACACACCCCACCAGCCAGGAGGCUGUGCCUUCCUCUUCAGCCUCCAUGAACCAUUCCAGACUCACUUGCCCACUCCAUCCAGCUCUCUCCAAGAGCAGCUGACUCCAAGCACCAUGACAUUCUCUGAUCAAUUGACACCCAGCAGUGCAACUUUCCCAGACCCACUGACCAGUUCACUGCAAGGACAGUUGACCGAAACCUCAGCCAGAAGCUAUGAAGACCAAUUGACUCCAUGCACCUCUACCUUCCCAGACCAGCUGCUUCCCAGCACUGCCACAUUCCCAGAACCUCUGGGUAGCCCUGCCCAUGAGCAGCUGACUCCUCCCAGCACAGCCUUCCAAGCACAUCUAAACAGUCCCAGCCAAACCUUCCCAGAGCAACUGAGCCCCAAUCCUACCAAGACUUACUUCGCCCAGGAGGGAUGCAGUUUUCUCUAUGAGAAGUUGCCCCCAAGUCCUAGCAGCCCUGGUAAUGGGGACUGCACACUCCUGGCCCUAGCUCAGCUCCGGGGGCCCCUCUCUGUGGAUGUUCCCCUGGUGCCUGAAGGCCUGCUCACACCUGAGGCCUCUCCAGUCAAGCAAAGUUUUUUCCAGUACUCUGAGAAAGAGCAAAAUGAGAUAGAUCGUCUCAUCCAGCAGAUCAGUCAAUUGGCUCAAGGCAUGGACCGGCCCUUUUCAGCUGAGGCUGGCACUGGGGGGCUGGAGCCACUUGGAGGACUGGAGCCCCUGAACCCCAACUUGUCCCUGUCAGGGGCUGGACCCCCUGUGCUUAGCCUGGAUCUGAAGCCCUGGAAAUGCCAGGAGCUGGACUUCCUGGUUGACCCUGAUCAUUUAUUCCUGGAAGAGACGCCAGUGGAAGACAUCUUCAUGGAUCUCUCUACUCCAGACCCCAAUGGGGAAUGGGGUUCAGGGGAUCCUGAGGCAGAGGUCCCAGGAGGGGCCCUGUCACCUUGCAACAACCUGUCCCCAGAAGAUCACAGCUUCCUGGAGGACUUGGCCACCUAUGAAACCGCCUUUGAGACAGGUGUCUCAACGUUCCCCUACGAAGGGUUUGCUGAUGAGUUGUAUCAACUCCAGAGCCAAGUUCAAGACAGCUUCCAUGAAGAUGGAAGUGGAGGGGAACCAACGUUUUGAAUAAGUCUGUGACUUAACGUCGUCAAGUAUGGCAUAUUGUCAUCAAGACGUGGAGCCGCUCUCCACCCCCCCCGGGACUGUUGGGGGGAUUCUGGGGGCCAGAGGGGGAUAUAUCUGAUUCUCCAGGCCCUGAAGGAUUUAGGGGGGGGGGGGGAGGGUAAGGGAGGGGAGCAACUUUUUAAAAUCAAGGGACUUCGAGCGAUCCCAGUUUCCAUUUCAAUCUGUAUUCACUCGUAGUGAGCUUCCUUGAAUGGAUUUCAAGCGGAGAAUGGGGGAGUCUCACUUCCCCACCGCGCUGCCCCAUGGGCCUGGGCCAGUUCUCCACUCCUAGGGGCCGAGCCACCUCUGGGUUUUGGUGGGGGAAAGGCAUGGCCCACCUGGGGCUAGCCUGUGCCCCGAGGGGCUCUUGACACCCACGUAGAAUUCUCUACAAAGCAGUAACGGGAUUUCAAUUCCGACGGACUCUGCCGCCCUGGCGGCCCUUCCUGUGACUUUUGCGCCCCGCGCCUGGGGUGGGGGGCGCGAAGAGACGCUACAUUCCUUUCCGAUGGAGGAAGGCAGAUCUGCCGUCACACGUGUGUUUGCACGAGUGCGUGUACCUGGUGCGGGACUCACCCGGCCGCCAGACUGCCUGGGCUUGCCCAGGUGGCCACCUCGUGGUGCUGCGGUGACUUUGUAGCCAACUUUAUAAUAAAGUCCAGUUUGCCUUUUUGGUA